ACCUCCGUUCUUUCCUUGUCUCUUCCUGCAUCUUGAGGAGCGUAAAACAGCACGAGGUCUGUUUCAGUUAUAACAAAAUGGGCUUCGGAGAUCUGAAAUCCCCCACUGGACUUAAGGUCUUGAAUGACUUUUUGGCCGACAAAAGUUAUAUUGAAGGGUAUGUGCCGUCCCAGGCCGAUAUUGCUGUUUUUGACGCCCUCUCUGGUGCCCCCUCUGCAGACCUCUGCCAUGCCCUGCGCUGGUACAACCACAUAAAGUCCUACCAGAAGCAGAAGGCCAGCCUUCCCGGGGUGAAGAAAGCCCUCGGGCAGUAUGGUCCUGCAGGGGUGGAAGAUGCCACAGACUCAAAACCAGAGGACGAUGACGAUGAUGACAUCGAUCUGUUCGGCUCUGAUGAGGAGGAGGAGACCGAGGAAGCCAAGAAGCUGAAGGAGGAGAGACUGGCUGCCUACAAUGAAAAGAAGUCCAAAAAGCCCACGCUUAUUGCCAAGUCGUCCAUCCUGCUGGACGUGAAACCGUGGGACGACGAGACGGACAUGGCCAAGCUGGAGGAGUGUGUGCGGACCAUCCAGAUGGACGGGCUGGUGUGGGGCUCCUCAAAACUGGUUCCUGUGGGCUAUGGGAUCAGGAAGUUGCAGAUCCAGUGUGUGGUGGAGGACGACAAGGUUGGCACUGACCAGCUGGAGGAGCAGAUCACAGCUUUUGAAGAUUAUGUUCAGUCCAUGGAUGUGGCUGCCUUCAACAAGAUCUAACCCUCCCCACUGCUGUCAUGCAAUAAAAGCACUUAAAAUGCAAA